AAGAGAUCUGUUCCCCUCUCUCCUAAAAAUAAGACUCCUCGCCCUUCUCUUGAAAACAUUUGCAAGAGAGCCGGGAAGAGGAGGAAAUUUAACAAAAACAAAAAGGAAAGGAAAGAAAGGCGGGGGGCUGAUUGGAGUCAGGGCAGGAUUUAAAAAAAAAAAAUUGCAACAAGGUUGCACCCUAGAGCGCCUCUCAUAUUUUUAGUCACUUUAAUUCUCCUAACGCCUAUUUCUCCCUCCCUCCCCCCCCCCCAGUAAUCCGCUCUAAUUGCUCUGUGCAAAUGUUUUUUAUUGUGAAAGUCUGAACGGGGCUAAAAACUGCAGGGCGCUUGCAAACUUUAAAGAGAACAAAAAAAGCCGAGUGGGGGAGCGGGCUGGGCUUGGUUUGUGUUUUUAUUAUUUGCACAUUUAGGAAAAAAAUUGCAACUGUUGCGCGUAUGAUUUUUUGUGGAGGGGGGGCGGAGGGGGCAGACACUAGGUGCCCAAGGGGUGGAAAGAGGAGCUGAAGUUGCCGCAUUGCAACAGGCAAAGAAGUCAGAAAUCAAAUAAUCGAUCUUGCUGCUGCUGCUGCUUCGCCUGGUAGAGCCGAGCAGACAAAGUUUCGAGGGGCGAGGAGAGGGCAGAGGCACCGAGAGCGAGGGGGGAGCGGGCAGGGCGGCAGAGACCCGCAGGACGAGCCGAGGAGCCUGGACAUGUCCAGAAGGAAGCAAGCCAAGCCCCGCUCGGUGAAAGUCGAAGAGGGUGAAUCUUCAGAUUUUGCUUUGAACUGGGACUCAUCAGUGACUCAAUCAGGAGGCCUAGGAGGAGAGCUGGAGAAUGAGGUGAAAGACAGCCGGGCCCUGGAAGAGAGGAACAGCGUGACGAGUCAGGAAGAGAGAAAUGAGGAAGAUGAAGACAUGGAGGAUGAGUCAAUUUACACCUGCGAUAACUGUCAGCAGGACUUCGAUUCACUGGCAGACCUGACUGAACAUAGGGCACACCACUGUCCUGGAGGUUGUCUGUUUCAAACAGCAGCAGAGCUAUAUAUGGAAAUUGCCAGCUUGGAAGUGGCUGAUUUUUCUAAACUACUGUACGAUGGUGAUGACGACCCACAACUCUCCUGGGUGGCUUCAUCUCCCUCCAGCAAAGAUGUUGCAUCACCCACUCAGAUGAUAGGAGAUGGGUGUGAUCUCGGCAUCGGGGAGGAGGAAGGGGGGACUGGCCUGCCGUAUCCCUGUCAGUUUUGUGAUAAGUCCUUCAUUCGCCUGAGCUACCUUAAAAGGCACGAGCAGAUCCACAGUGACAAACUACCUUUCAAAUGUACCUACUGUAGCCGGCUUUUUAAGCAUAAGAGAAGUAGGGAUCGCCACAUAAAGCUUCACACGGGGGAUAAAAAGUACCAUUGCCAUGAAUGUGAGGCAGCAUUCUCUCGCAGCGACCACCUCAAAAUUCACCUGAAAACCCACAGUUCGAGCAAGCCGUUCAAGUGUACUGUCUGUAAGCGUGGCUUUUCCUCCACCAGCUCAUUGCAGAGUCACAUGCAAGCUCAUAAAAAGAACAAGGAACAUAUGGCAAAGACUGAGAAAGAGGUGAAGAAGGAUGAUUUUAUGUGUGAUUACUGUGAAGAGACAUUCAGUCAGACAGAAGAUUUGGAGAAGCACGUAAUGACACGCCACCCACAGCUUUCUGAGAAGGCAGAUUUGCAGUGUAUUCAUUGUCCUGAAGUAUUUGCAGAUGAAAAUUCACUGCUUUCCCACAUUCAUCAAGCCCAUGCCAACAAAAAACACAAGUGCCCUAUGUGCCCCGAGCAGUUUUCUUCAGUAGAAGAAGUCUAUUGCCACUUGGAUAGCCACAGACAACCUGAUUCCAGCAACCACAGUGUCAGCCCUGACCCAGUCUUGGGGAGUGUGGCGUCUAUGAGCAGUGCAACACCUGAUUCAAGCGCAUCGGUAGAACGAGGCUCCACUCCGGACUCCACUUUAAAACCGUUGAGAGGACAAAAGAAGAUCAGAUCAGUGGAAAGAGAGGAAGGCCAGAACUGGUCUAAAGUCACCUAUAGCUGUCCUUACUGCUCCAAGCGUGACUUCAACAGCCUUGCUGUCCUGGAGAUCCAUUUGAAGACCAUUCAUGCAGACAAACCUCAACAAAGCCACACAUGCCAGAUCUGCCUUGAUUCCAUGCCUACGCUGUACAACUUGAACGAACAUGUCAGAAAGGUGCACAAAAACCAUGCAUAUCCCAUGAUGCAGUUUAACAACAUUUCUGCCUUUCACUGUAACUAUUGCCCUGAGAUGUUUGCGGAUAUCAAUAGCCUACAGGAGCACAUCCGCAUCACUCACUGUGGACCAAGUGCUACCCCUCAAGAUGGUAACAAUGCCUUCUUCUGUAACCAGUGCUCCAUGGGCUUUCUGACGGAAGCAUCCUUGACUGAGCAUAUUCAGCAAACUCACUGCAAUGUAGGAAACUCAAAAUUGGAUUCCCCUGUCGUUCAGCCAACACAGUCUUUUAUGGAAGUUUAUUCUUGCCCUUAUUGCACAAACUCCCCCAUUUUUGGCUCCAUCCUGAAGCUUACAAAGCACAUUAAAGAAAACCACAAGAACAUUCCUCUGGCACACAAUAAGAAGUCAAAAGCAGAGCAGAGUCCAGUUUCUUCUGAUGUUGAAGUCUCUUCCCCUAAAAGGCAGCGGCUUUCUGCCAGCUUAAACUCAGUUUCUAAUGGUGAAUACCCAUGUAAUCAGUGUGAUCUAAAGUUCUCUAAUUUUGAAAGUUUUCAAACUCAUUUAAAGUUGCAUUUGGAGUUGCUUUUAAGGAAACAGUCUUGCCCUCAGUGUAAAGAAGAUUUUGAUUCUCAGGAAUCUCUCCUGCAGCACCUCACAGUACACUACAUGACAACUUCUACCCAUUAUGUAUGUGAGAGCUGUGACAAACAGUUUUCUUCAGUGGAUGAUUUGCAGAAGCAUUUGCUGGACAUGCAUACUUUUGUGUUGUAUCACUGCACCCUUUGCCAAGAGGUUUUUGAUUCCAAGGUAUCUAUCCAAGUACAUCUGGCAGUCAAGCAUAGCAAUGAAAAGAAGAUGUAUCGUUGUACAGCCUGUAAUUGGGAUUUUAGAAAGGAGGUGGACCUUCAGAUCCAUGUAAAGCAUAGCCAUUUGGGCAAUCCAACAAAGUCACAUAAAUGCAUCUUCUGUGGAGAGACCUUCAGCACUGAAGUAGAACUGCAGUGCCACAUCACAACCCACAGUAAAAAAUACAACUGUAAGUUCUGCAGCAAAGCUUUCCAUGCUAUCAUCUUGCUUGAAAAACAUUUGCGGGAGAAACAUUGUGUCUUUGAUGCUGGGGCUGAGAAUGGUACAGCUAAUGGCAUGACCCCAACUAAUAAGAAGACGGAAGCUGCAGAUCUCCAGAACAUGUUGAUGAAGAAUCCGGAUACUUCAAACAGUCAUGAGGCUAGUGAGGAUGAUGUAGAUGCUUCUGAGCCAAUGUAUGGUUGUGAUAUUUGUGGGGCUGCCUAUACCAUGGAAGUCCUUUUGCAAAACCAUCGUUUAAGAGAUCAUAACAUUAGACCUGGGGAGGAUGAUUGUUCUAGGAAGAAAGCAGAAUUCAUCAAAGGUAGCCACAAGUGUAACAUCUGCUCAAGGACCUUUUUCUCAGAAAAUGGCCUCAGAGAGCAUAUGCAGACCCACCGAGGUCCAGCUAAGCACUACAUGUGCCCCAUUUGUGGGGAGCGCUUCCCGUCCCUUCUGACCCUGACAGAGCACAAAGUCACUCAUAGCAAGAGUUUGGAUACGGGAACGUGCAGGAUCUGCAAAAUGCCACUGCAGAGUGAGGAAGAAUUUAUUGAGCACUGCCAGAUGCAUCCGGAUCUCAGAAAUUCCCUCACUGGGUUUCGCUGUGUUGUCUGUAUGCAGACAGUCACCUCUACCCUUGAGCUGAAAAUUCAUGGAACGUUCCAUAUGCAGAAAUUGGCAGGAAACUCUGCAGCCUCUUCUCCCAAUGGUCAGGCUUUGCAGAAACUCUACAAGUGUGCUUUGUGCUUGAAAGAGUUCCGGAACAAGCAGGACUUGGUGAAACUGGAUGUUAACGGCCUGCCAUAUGGCCUGUGUGCUGGAUGCAUGACCAGGGGUACCAACGGACAGUCUUCGGGCUUGACCCCCCAGGAAGUGAAUGAGAGACCGUGUGGCAGUCUGAGGUGCCCAGAGUGUAGUGUCAAAUUUGAAAGUGCUGAAGACCUAGAGAACCACAUUCAGUUAGAUCACCGAGACCUGACACCUGAGACUAGCGGCCAAAGGAAGGGUACCCAGACAUCCCCUGUUCCCAGAAAAAAGACGUAUCAGUGCAUCAAGUGCCAGAUGACCUUUGAGAAUGAAAGAGAGAUACAAAUCCAUGUUGCAAACCAUAUGAUUGGUGCAGCCCAAGCCCCAUAUGGUGAGACGUUAUCUUCUUUUCCAGCUCCUGCACUGGUGGAGAGGAGGACUAUGAAAAAUGUCACUGCAGAGGAAGGCAUCAAUCAUGAGUGCAAGCUGUGUAACCAGAUGUUUGACUCUCCAGCAAAGCUUCUGUGUCACCUGAUUGAGCACAGCUUUGAGGGGAUGGGAGGCACAUUCAAAUGCCCUGUUUGUUUCACAGUUUUUGUACAGGCAAACAAACUGCAGCAGCAUAUCUUUGCAGUCCAUGGGCAGGAGGAUAAAAUUUAUGACUGUUCCCAGUGCCCACAGAAGUUCUUCUUUCAGACAGAACUUCAGAACCACACAUUGAGUCAGCACGCACAGUGAGCCACUGGCACUACAGGACACCUCUCUGCAGAAGACUUGACGGAGGCACAGUGGGGAGGACCAUUUGAACAUUACAUCCAAUCAAAGUGUCAUUUGCAACCCAGAUGUAAAACUCUAAUGAUUUGGCCAUGAGGCGCUGCUAUUAUAAGCAGCUGGAAAUGAAUAUUAAUGGAAGAGAUUAAAAGUAUUCCAUGCUCAGUAUUUUUUAUUGUCCUGCUUCAGCUAGUGUACUUUAGAGCUUCUGCUUCUGACUGAAUUUAUAGUGUUAGAUAAAUCUGCUUUGAUGCUGUUGCCCUUUGUUGCUUCUUGUAUUAUAUGGAUAGUUAAAGAUUAGGUGUGAUUUUUUUAACUGCUUUUUAAUUGCAAUUUUAGGUAAUUGUGCAUUGUGAUGUGAUUGCUUGGCUAUUGUCGGAAUAUUUCUUUUGAAUUUUUUAAUUAAAGACUAAUGCUUUGAUUGGAUUUGCCAGUUCACCGGACAGUGAUUAAAACUAUGUAAUGAAUAUAAUCGGUUUCAGUGCAACUGGAUGGUCUGCUUUAUAAAUGUGACUUAAUCUGAUUGCAAUAACUAGUACAGUUCAAUAAAGGGAAUACAUGA